AUGAAGGGCGCUCUCGUCACCGCAGCUGUGCUGCUGGCUUCCGCCGAGGCCGAAGUCCACAAGUUGAAGCUCAAGAAGGUGCCGCUGGCUGAGCAGCUCGAGACCGUUCCACUGAACCACCAGAUGCGAAGCCUCGGCCAGAAGUACAUGGGUAUCCGACCGGACUCGCAUGUCGAUGCUAUCUUCAAGGAUACCUCGGUCCACGUUGACGCGAACCACCCAGUCCCUGUCAGCAACUUUAUGAACGCGCAGUACUUCUCCGAGAUCACCAUCGGCACGCCUCCCCAGACCUUCAAGGUCGUUCUCGACACGGGCAGCUCCAACCUGUGGGUUCCCUCGCAGUCGUGCGGGUCUAUUGCCUGCUACCUCCAUCAGAAGUACGACUCGUCGGAGUCGUCGACGUACAAGAAGAACGGUAGCUCCUUUGAGAUCCACUACGGCUCCGGCAGCCUGGAGGGCUUCGUCUCUCAGGACACUGUCAGCAUUGGUGACCUCACGAUCAAGAACCAGGACUUCGCCGAGGCCACCAGCGAGCCUGGUCUGGCCUUCGCCUUUGGCCGAUUUGACGGCAUCCUCGGUCUCGGUUUCGACCGUAUCUCGGUCAACGGCAUCGUCCCGCCCUUCUACCAGAUGAUCAACCAGAAGCUCAUUGACGAGCCUGUCUUCUCGUUCUAUCUGGGUGAUACUAACGAUGAGGGUGACGAGUCCGAGGCCAUCUUUGGUGGCGUUAACAAGGACCACUACGAGGGCAAGAUCACCACGAUCCCCCUGCGCCGAAAGGCCUACUGGGAGGUCGACCUCGACUCGCUCAGCUUUGGCGACGAGACUGCUGAUCUGGAGAGCACUGGUGUCAUACUGGACACGGGCACUUCUCUGAUCGCCCUCCCCUCCAAUCUCGCCGAGAUGCUCAAUGCCGAGAUGGGCGCCAAGAAGGGCUACAACGGCCAGUACACUGUCGACUGCGCCAAGCGCGACAGCCUCCCCGAUGUCACCUUCAGCCUGAGCGGUUACAACUUCAGCAUCACCCCCUACGACUACAUCCUCGAGGUCUCGGGCAGCUGCAUUUCCACCUUUAUGGGCAUGGACUUCCCCGAGCCCGUAGGCCCCCUCGCUAUCCUCGGCGAUGCCUUCCUGCGCAAGUGGUACUCCAUCUACGACCUUGGCCAGGGCACUGUUGGUCUGGCUAAGGCCAAGAAAUAA